AUGGCCACGGAAACUCCUGGGACGGGUGUCCCGAAAGAAGAAGCCCCGCCCGUCGAAGACACCAAGGCCGAAGGGCUGAACACCCGACGUGCCUCCACCACUAGGCGGUCGCGUCGAAAGAAGGAUGAAGAGACAGCCAACACCCCGGAUACAAAGACCAAAAAGGAAAAGGAAAAGGAAACAAAGGAAAAAGAAAAGCCUACUCGCGCCCCUCGUCGUCCACGCGAAAAGUCCACGACCACCGCGGCAGCGCGCAAGAAGGCGAAAUUGGAGCAACCGGAUGAAGGCACGGGGGCUGGUGCAGCUGGUGCAGCUACUUCCACUGCAAACCCCCAGACCCCAUCACAGAAGGCUGCUGCUGCUCCCUCCCCUCAACCUGCACCUGUUUCCACUCCAUCAAUUUCCACUCCAGCUCCAACUCCAAUUCCCGCACCGUCUCAAGCUCCUACACCUGUACCUGUACCAGUAGCUGCACCUGCACCCGCUCCCUCACCCGCACCCGCAGCCACGCCAACACCCGCGGUGUCUGCGCCUGCGACUGCUCCCCCCGCUGCCCCCGCCCCAACGCCAACAUACUCCCCAAGUCCACACCCACCACCAUCUGGCCCUGCUUAUAACAUUCACCAAUCGUAUCCGCCUCGGCCUCAUUCACAACCCCCUCCUCCUCAGCAAACGCAGCCACCACCUCGAACCAGUGGUCAGAACUUUGACCCGAUUCGUUCAGCUUUCGGCACCGCUUCUCCCGCGCCAGCUUAUAGCCCUCCAACACAUACCGUUUCGCCCCAAAAUAACUAUCGUGCCAGUGCCUCGCCGGCGAUUUCGAGUAUCAUCGACCCACCUACCCAAAGCUCACAACCGUCCUAUCCACAACUUACUCGAUCUACCUCUGGACAUGUCUCGACCGUUUCCUCCCCGGCGCCGCCUUCUGUGGCUCCUGCACCCUCUCAUCCUUCCUUAGCUCCAUCACCAAUGCCUAUAUCGUCACCGUCAAACGGUCCAGCUCCCGUGUCCCAGUCAAUACCAUCCAAUUACCAUGCAUCAUAUACAGCUUCAGGUCAACGUCCAUCGCUGUCCCAACCUCCCCAGUUGGAGCUCUCCCCGCCAGCGCUGCAACCCCCUCGACAACCCGAACCCCCGGUGCAAGCAUCUACCCCGCAGAAAUCACAACAAUCCUCAGAUGCCAUGGAUAUUGACUCGAAGGAGCAAGUCGCAUCAAGCGCAAAGAAAGAGAAGGGUACCGCUACCGCGCCCUCUUCCAAGGCCCCAUCACCAAAGCCGGGCCGCGCAACCAAGGAAGCCCCUCCACUUCCUCAAGGAUCCGGACUGAUCACCACUGCCUUAUUUGGCGGCGCAGACGAUUCCAAGUCACCGGAUGCGCGCAGUACGCCAAACAUCAUUGUUCACGUUCCCCUCCAAAAGGGCAAUCAUAUCGUCAACUUUGCGCAAUUAGCAGAGGAGCAAUAUGGAUUCGCAGCUUUGCAUCCUCGCCUGGCUGCGCACAAAGAGCGUCUUGCCCGUGUUGCUGCGGCGGGUGCUGCUCUCGAGCGCAACGACAAGGGCAAAUCUGCCGGAGAGAGCGCCGAGGAAGAUCUGAGUCUCGAUGUAGAUCGCGAUAGUGAUAUGGAUGGAGAUAUUACCAUGGGAGGAGCAGGAACCGGGACCAAUGGUGCGCCCUCUGAAGCCAGUGAUGGCAAGAAGAGGCGGCGGAAGAAGGUGGAGGAGUACGAUCGAGACGACCCUUUCGUUGACGACAGUGAGAUGGCUUGGCAGGAACAAGCCGCUGCGAGUAAAGACGGAUUCUUCGUGUACAGUGGCCCACUCGUGCCAGAGGGUGAUAAAGUGCAAGUGGAACGUGCCGACGGAACAAUCAAACGCGGUCGUGGUCGUGGACGAGGCACAGGCCGAGGUAGAGCCUUGGCUUCACACCCCCAUGUCCCCAUCGCUGCAGCGGUCCCCAUAUCCCAAGACACAGGCCUACCCCUACGCGGUCCCGGUUCAAGAGGCGGUACCUCACGCCGACCACGCGGGUCCAAAAAAGCCGAUGCUGAAAAACACGGCGAACGAAAUGGCACCACGGCAUCGGCGGCCCAUGAAGGCCGCGGUGGUCGUGGAGGCGGGUCUGGUCGUGGCGGAAGCUCAAGUACCCGUGGUGGGAAAUUGUCCGCGUCAACGCCUUCCACGCCUGCCCAUAAUAAUAAUACUCCAUCAGUGAUGUCGAUGAUGGAUCUUGCGCCUGCUCCGCCGAACUUGACUCCUAACCACAAUUCUAAUCUCGCCCCUACGCCGGGUCCUAGCCCGCUUGCUGGUCCGAGCUUGUCAUGA